UGUGUGUGGAGGCGAUGUCCACGCGUAUAUAUGCAUUGAGCGCGCAGGCAUCAAGGUUCCACAUCCUGGUACUUUCGGCGUUGUCAAGGCAGCGCCACCGGAAAAAAAAAAAAAAAAAAAAGAAAGAGAGACUGGCUGAGCGGAAAGUAGCUGCAGUGUCCUGGCACGAUAUCUGUCCCCCCCAAAAAAACCCUCCGCGAAGUGUCCCGGAAAGUUAGGGCUAACUACGAAAGGACUUCCCCGUGAUGGUGUGACGUCUGACGGAUUUUGCCAUUGAUCAGCGGAACAAAACACCUGUUGCUACGACGCAUCGGACGGUGCUCUUUCGCACCAUGUAAUUUAGCGGCACGCACUCUCGGGGUAAAUAUUCUGGAUCAAAGAGAGCAAAGAGAUGAACUGAAUUCAAGGGAGGAGGGAAGAGCCAGCUGGUUGUUGUUGGAUGUAACCUGGAGGGCUGGCCGAGCACCUGAUACUAUGCCAGCCAUGAAAGGUAUAGGAGAAGCUGGUGGUUCCACGGCCCACCACUACCAGCCUGCCUCAGACUAUGAUGAUGCCACCCUUGCCCAAAAGAGAGAAUACUGGAGAACCAAGAAACGGGAGCAGAGGGCCCGGUUGUCGGAGAGAAGGAGAAAGCUAAAACGGGAUUGUGAAGGGGAAAAGCUCCAACAUAGAAAUGCCUCUUCAUCAUCGAAUUCCCGUGUAUCCAACUCUAAGGUUGUUUCCCCUCUCCCACUGCGGAAUGAGUCGUUCAAAGCGGGAUCUCCCCCAUUUCUGAGUGGACAAGGAGAAGGGAGAAGCCAAAAAGAGAAGUGGUUCCAGAAGAUGAAACUCAACAAAGUCUUGCCUCAAUUUCCAGCGUCAACUUCCAGGUCAGCCAAAGAGGCUUUGGCCAACAAAGCCACAGUGAAAUGCCUAUCCACAGGGGGCAAUGUGAGCAGGUCCAUUACCUCACCCAAAAACAGUGGAACCCCGAUCACAAAGAGUUCCUCAGUGCCUCCGAUCAGAGUGAAGGUGCAAUCUUCAGGGACUGCACCUAGUCAGCCACAGGGUAGAUUGACCACUAUUAAUGGCGACUCAUCUAAACUGACACCUCAACUGUGUGUGUCUAUGCAGGGUAUAUCAGUGCCUAAAGCACAACGUAAGGCACAAUUGGUAGUACGCAUUCAGGCCAAGCCAGUAACUACUAAUGUUACCCCGGGCAUAGUGCUUGUGUCUUCUCCAUCUGCUUCUGUUCCAUUUAAAGUAGUGGGCCGAGCAGCAAACACAACACCUCAAGUUGAAAAAAAGUGUGCCUUGGUCAACACCCCAGGGGCUAAAGGUAUUGGUACCACACAGCAUACUCCACAGUCUGAGGAAGAAAGAGCUGCCAAACGCAGGGAGCAGUGGAGGAUCAAAAAGCGUGAGCAGAGAGCAAAGUUGGCAGCUAAAUUAGCUAAAACAAGAGAAAAGACAAUAAGCACAGAACAAACACUACAGAGACGAAAAAUGCAAAGAACAGGCCAGUCAGGCAGCGUGGUUCUUGAUCAACUUCCCUCUCCAUUGUCUGUGAAAAGAGCAAGCCAGAGACGGUGUGUUAGUAGGGUCAAGAACCCACUUUCUUCUGCUGGACGGUCGCUAAAGAAUACCCGAGCCAUGGGUGUGUAUGCGUCAACUUCCAUGCCUCAACAAAGUAGCGUAGCCGUCAAAGAGGAGAUUGAUCAUUUAAAUUCAGGCACAGGUAAACUAUUCACAUUUAGCCCCAACCAGAACCAGCAAGCAGUUCAAAUAAAAGUAGAAGAUCCACAAGGGGCCAAGACCACACAGACAGCCAUUGCCACUGAUGUUAGUGUUGAGAAAAAGUCAGAACAAAUCAGAAAACUUCCCAUUCACAUACAUUUUUCAAAUGCUAGUCGGGGGAUUUCCCGAUGUAGGAUGCCAAGACAGAGGUUCAUCGAAGCACAAAAAAAUUUCCUGAGUCAUAGGAGAAAUGCCCCCAGGAUCGACCCGAAUGAGACACCUGAGCAGACAGCAGCCAGGAGGAGAGAAUAUUGGCGCCUCAAGAAGCGUGAGCAGCGAGCCAAAUUGUCAGCUGAGGUAAAAGCAAAGUUAAAGGAGAAGGAUUCUACGAUGAGAAGAGUCAAGCGUUACCAGAAUAUACUCGAAGAGAUGAGAAGAGCCAAAGCAGAGGCCUGCAGUACAGUGACCCAGCCAACAGGAACCACCCUCAUACAUGCCUCUGAGACCAUUGGUGGGUUCAUCAAAGAGGAUGGGACUGUGACCAUAAACAUUCCCCAAGUUCCUUCAGAGCUCUACACUAAAAAGGAGGUUGAUAUACUACCAUCUGUUUGUAACAUAAUAACUCACCCUCAAGAUCAACCUCAAACCAAAGCUGAAAGUGCCAAUAGAAAUUUAGUGCUAGGAGAUACGAUUAGGGUAAACCGGCCCCCCCCUCCACUGCACCUAGCUCAGGUGAAAGUCUCCUUUCCAUUUGCCAAUCAGUCUGUGAAAAAGCCUCCCAGACUCCUGUCAAUCAGACCAAGGACUAAACCUGAGGGCACAACUACAACAAUUACUAAUUCACAUAAAUUAGUUGCUGCAAGUCCUGCACAGAUCACACUCAUUCACCCUCAGAGUCUCCAGGGGGCUAUUUCUGGAGUGUCAAUGGUAACGCCAAGCAUUGGCGGUUGUGUCAUGAAAAUGGCUGUCUCAAGUUCUGCACCUUCAAGAGCGCCACCUUCUCUGGAUCCAGGACGCUCUGAGGAGGAUCGGAUGGCAAAAAAGAGGGAAUAUUGGAGGAUUAAGAAACGAGAGCAGAGGGCAGCUCGUGCUGCGCGGCUAAAGCAGGGUGUGUUGCAAGCUAGGGGCAACGCAGCCUUACAGCGGAGAAAGCUGCAAAAGCUGAUUGUUCCUCAACAAACAACAGUGACAAAUUGUGCAGAAAACAGUAACUUCCCUAUCCAAACAAUCAAUAUUCAGCCUCACUCAUCUUUACUUAACUGCAGUCUGGCUAUUACACCACAAGCAAAUGAGAAAAAAGAUGAAGAAUUGACAACAGCAGAUGACCUAAAUUCUCAACCGGAGCAAGCCAUCUGUCCAGAUAUCAAACUAUCACCCUCUCCUCCACCCCCCUCAGAGCCUGACCCAGCUUUGAGUGCAGACAGCCAAGCCACCACUCUCCUGGCUGUGGCCUCCAUGAAAAAACUCCUGGAGGAAUCACUUAGCACAGUGACUGAAUGUAAAAAUGAACAUAGUGGUGAUAUAACAGAUCAUGCUCCAUGUAAAACCGAGGCAAAGGAAUUCUCUGAGCAGGAGAUGAAGCCAGAUGUAGCUCUGCUCUCCAUCAGAGAUGAAGAGAAGGUGCCAAUACCUGCUGAUAUGACACUAGGGAUCAAAAGCUUGCAGGCAGAUGCUGAUGCCUUGGUGCCUGCUAGCUCACCAAGUCCUCAUCUCAAUAGUUCACAUCAGACUGAUGAAAUACUCACACUUCUGUCUUCAUCCAGUGAAGGCCCCCUGCACUCAACAUCUCAACAUUCAUCUCAAGCACCCUCGGCUGGCCCAACCCCAUCUCUCCCACGCAGAGCCCAGAGGCUGCGUGCUAAAAAGGUAAGCCUUCAGCACUGUUGCCCCCCAGAGUCACCAAAGCUGCAUCAUCUACCCUUGGAUCAACAAAAUCCCCAGCUACUCCCAGGACUGAGUUCUGAGCAAAAAUAUCAGCCACUAGCACAGCAACAAAGCAAAAAGAAUAGCUCAUUGCUAACACAGGUACAGCAGCGGCAAACCACAGCUGCGGCCGAGCAGAGUGGUACGAGCAGCCUGCAGAAGAAGAGGGAGUACUGGAAGCUGAUGAAGAGGCAGCAGAGAGCCAAGUCAAAGGCCAGACAGAAAGAGAGUGUCUGUCAGGGAAAAUACAGCCUGCAGAUGCCCUCAAAAACAAUUCAGGCUCCAAAUCUUGUAAUUAUCAACACUGCCAAGCCAGCUCAGGGCUCAAGUCUGCCAACAAAACCAGCUCCCCAACCCAACCGCCCCAACGCCACGCUUACCGCAGUAACUAGUAUCCCCACUGUCCUGGUUGUCAGCCCUACCACAUCCAAUGCUGGACAGUCGCCUGAUACCCUUCAGGUUAAACCACCCAUCAGCAGCGUCUCCCAGUCACUGGCUGUGGAACAGAGUGAGAUGCAUGUUGGGCCUUCACAGAUGACUCAUGGCUUUGGUACCACAUCUCACCCUGUGGGAGCUGAUGCCACCGCCUCACCCAUUGGUAAUGGAGUGGAUGGCAGGCUGCUGUUGGUCGAGAAACAGCAGGAAGCAAUGCCAGCUUUAAGUUUUGAUCAUCCAAGGGUUCGAAAGUGGACACUUAAGAUGCAAGAGAGCACCGAUUCAGACACGGCUCCAUCUCUCCCUAUUCUCACACCUCCAGAUAAUCCUCUGUCCAGCAUCAACCUGCUACCCAUCGAACCCCUGGGUCAGACUCCCAACUGCAGAGCUACUCUAAGUUCCAUGAAGUUGCCUUGUGCUCAGCCUCGAGGCCCCCAAAAUAUGCAAACUACUCCUAUUAAGCUGGUGCCCAUUAGCACUAUGGUUCCCCCAAAGCCCAUCCCAGGAGAGUCUGAGGAGGACUUUCUGAAGAGGAAAAGAGAGUACUGGAGAGUGAAAAAGAAGGAGCAGAGAGCCAGGAAGGCCAUAAGGGACAAGGACCUGACCCAAAAGAGAGCUUCCAACAACUGGAGGCUCAUCCUGCCUGCCAACGGUCAGCUCCAGGGCCUGGAGACACAGGAUUCUGACCAAUGGAUAAAUGCAUCUGAGGAGUCUGAACAGUUAAUGAGCACUUGCUCAGAGGCUGAGGGAUACUUUCCAUAUUCCAGUUUCACAGAUGAGAAAGCAGACGUCCCGUUCACUGACUACGAUGACAAUGACAAUGAAGAAGGCCCCAUCUCAGAUGCUGAGUGGAGGAACCGCUACCUCAUGGACCACGACCCCUUGAACCAGCUGCUGGUGUGCAUGGUUUGUGGGGACCUGCAAUACUCACACAGCCUGGAGGGGGUGAGGGCCCACAUUGAGGAGGCCCACCCAGAAACCUUAAACCUGGAUGCCAUGGAGCGUAACUGCAUCCUGGAGGCGUGGGACGAGCAGGUGUCCCAGCGGGAGCGCUUUUUUACCAGCCAGCUUCAGCAGCAUAGUGGCGCACCGGCAGAAGCACACUGGACCUAAAUAGCGGACCCUGUGGGAGAGCAAAAGAAGAAUAUGGAGCAAGAGAGAAGAUGUCAAUUUCUGAUUUGCCAUGUUUAUUUAUUACAAUUUGUGACAGUUUACCCAUUUUCAUAGUAGAGUAACUUGAAAGUGAAUACUGUAUAGGGAAUACCCAGCCCCAGGAGCUUUACCUCAUUUCCUCACACACACCACAAUAUUUUACAUCUUUUUGUAGUUUAUUUCAAAGAGGUGACAGUUCUUACCAAUUCUGUCAAAGGUUUUACUGCACAACUGAAAGCUGCAGGUCCGAGACCAAUAUACUCCCUAGAUAGCGGAUCUUUGCAUGAGGGUACUGCAUAUAUGCCUUAGGGUUCUGAUCUUGUUUUGCCAGUGUCUUUUGUAGCCUAUAAUGUACCAAACUGUACUUCAAACACUGAAUCUUAGAUAUUCUUAUUUGACAACUUUUGUAUUCUGCUGACUUUUUACGGUGUCAUUUUUCUUCUUAAACUACAUAUGUGUAUGUGUGUGUGUGUGUGUGUAUGUGCAUGUAUGUGUAUAUGUAUAUAUUCACACAUAUAUGUGUAUAUGUAUAUACGUAUGUAUAUAAACAUGUAUAUAUGUGUACUUAUGUAUAUAUACACAUGUAUAUGUGUGUGUAUAUAUAUACGUGUCUAUAUGUAUACAUGUCUAUAUAUGUGUACAUAUUGACAAUGUACACACGUGUAUACACGUAUAUUUAUAUGUAUACACAUGUCUAUAUGUACAAUGUACAUAUAUACCUAUGUAUACAUAUAUACACACAUAUAUGUGUAUAUAUGUACAUGUGUACAUGUAUAUAUACUUAUAUACACACAAGUACUUCUCAGUUUCAUGUUGGUCCUCAUUGUGAUGUUAAACAUUAAAUCAACGUUCUGCAUCAAAGACAUGCAUGUAAGGGUUAAUGCUGCUGCCUGUGCCGCUGAGCAAGGCAGUGGGAAGAGGAACUGGAGUUGGUCCCCGGGCGCUGCAGCGGCCCGCUGCUCCUGUGCAGUAGGAUGGGCUUGUGUGCAGAGGACACGUUUCGUUUUAACUGUGCUAUGACAAAGUGGCGUCCUCGUCUGUCUGUACGGUGGUGAAAAGCUGUGUUACACCUGGAUGUGAGAUGCCAAAUCUUCAGCUGCGUUAUUUGACCUUUCUUCUUCUUCUUUUUUUUUUUUUUUGAACAAUCCUCAAAUGGAAAUUUAGCUAUUUCUUAUUUAUUGAAACCUUCAUUUUACAGACGGUGAUCACGUGUUUAUUGAUAUCCUCGAUAGUUCCAUGUUUGAAAAAUAACUCGUUUGUGAAUAUUUAAGAUGCGAAAGCUUACUUGCAUGAGUAGUUACGGAUGAGCUGCUGUAUAUAACGGAUGGUGUCCGGGACGCAUUCUCGAUUUGACAAACCACUGGGAUCAGCAGUCUGCUGAACUGUUGCCCUGUUUACCGCGAAGCAUAGGAGAUUAGUCAUCGCGAGAGAAAACUGCAUUGGAUGAACUAACAUCUGCACAGCCACAAAGGAAAUGUAAAUAUCCGAGACAAACCAAGCUAUCUUAUCUCAUGAGAAUGUACUUCUGAUGUGACGACUUGUUUACUUGUUAAAAGGGAAUGUUCAAAUGCCUUUUCGGUACUA